CCGAGCGGUCACAAUACGUCAUUCAACACCAACACAAACAAGGUUCCAACUGAACUCAAUGCGGACCAGAAUAAGAUCAAUGAUAAGAAACUCCGUCGAAUGGAAGAAAAAAUGCAACGUCUAGAAGAUGACAGCUCGCGCUUGAAGAAGGAGCUCAUCAUGGUAGCUGAGAACGUCAACGGAAUGCAACCGACACGUCGUGUGGACACCCAAAGAUAUCGCAUGAAGUUAGUAAUCCCGAACGUCAGUGAGUCAAAUCGUAGGGCACUCGAAGAUGGUAAGUUAUUCUCUCUGACACAGACGAAAUCUGUAGCACGGGAAGGCCUAGAUGCCACACGCACAGAUUAUAUUCAAUUAACUCUGCAAGGCGUAAGGGUAGAGCGACAGAAGGAGACAUUCACGUCUCAUAUUGACAUUAAACACAUGGCUCUGUUAACAGUAGCAACGACACUAAUUUACACGCAAAACAUUCUAUCAGACCCAUCCGCCAUUUUAGAUAUGAUCCACUGGGUGAUAACCGUGUGCGAGCAAUGUAAAUUAUAUUCAGCACCAAGAAUAGCACGUAUUGACGAGCGUCAUCUCAGAUCAAUUCCAGUAUAUGAUUCUAAGACAGUUCUAAGUGUGAUACAUCCGACAACUAUACAAAUUAAUACCGCCAGCCCAACGGAUCGCAUAUCAGACCCCCUCUUUGCUGAAUAUUUCCAACUACAUAGUUUCUGCAUUUGUGAAUGCAAACGACAAAAGCAAGGCGAAAUCUGUUUCGCAUUCAAUAACAACAAACGCGAAGAGCCAUGCCCAGAUGGUCAUAGGCACGAGCGACCAGAUAAGACACAAUCAGCUAGGAAAUGA